CUCGCGGGCAAGGGGGGGUUCCACCCCCCCCCCCGCCCACGUGAUGCGGAGUGGGCCAAUAGGAGCGCGCCGAGGCCUCCGGCGGCUGGUCUGCUUCAAAACCGUUUUCAAGACUGAUACACUGAAACAUAGUCAGGCUUGCAUAUAUAAUUGGAGGGCUUGUUUUUGAGGUCUGCUACCUGCCUAGGAGAACAGGCUAAUGCUGAGCUAUGACAGUUUGCAGUAAUCCUGCGGAAUACACUGGGGGACGCGGUGCAGAAAGGAAUAUUGCCUUGUAUGCAAGAUAAUGACAGGCAGCAAGACUGUAACUGUGUCCACGUUUCUUGUCUGGGAGUAGAGGCACUGAAAGUGAAUAGCUGGGGGGCUGUAGCCCAUAAAAGACAAAAUGGUUUUGAAUGCAGUCGGAGCUCAAGAAGUAUGAAGAAGAGACGCCUUCUCUGUUCUGGGGGUUGGAUCCUGUAUUUUCUGCAUUUGCAAGACUCUACAUUAAAGAUAUAAAAGAAAUGAGAGAAUCUAAACAAGUGCCAGGUAUAUUCUUCUAUAACAGGCGCCCAGUAAGACAGGUGGACGUUGUUGGGAUAGUGGUUCAUACUAAAGAGCGAGAUGCCUUUUACAGUUAUGGAGUGGAUGAUAGUACCGGAGUUAUAAAUUGUGUCUGCUGGAAAAAUCCCAUGGUAGCAGAAAGAUCUUUAUCAGGUAGUCCAAGCACACUCAGCAGUCUUAAAGUGCUUGAACAGAUGAAGAAACUCCAGGAAAUGGUGAGCCAGAAAACCAAGCUGGUGAUUGGGGAUGUUGUCAGGGUCAGAGGUUACAUCCGAACCUACCGGCAGCAAAGAGAAAUUCAGGCUUCGUGUUUUUAUAAAGUGGAUGAUCCUGUGUGUGAUGUUCAGAUUUCAAGAAUGUUGGAGCUCCCUUGUCUCUAUAGAGAAGUUUACGAUAAACCUUUCCAAAGCCCAGGGGAGGGACAGAGUGGCCCAGAGGGUUUGGAUUUCUCAAUUUAUAUUCUGCAUGAGAAAGUGAAAGACUUCCUACUAGAAAACAAAAUUCAGACCUUUUACCAACAGGAGCUGGAAACGAUUGAUACUCUGGUGUCCCUGGCUGGUGGGUCGCUCUCUGGUCCCAGCUGUCAGGUGAAUUCAAAAAGUGACUCCAGCUCCAAAAGGAUUCACAGUGUUUUUAAGGAAGCAAUAAGAAUGCUACAAGAAAAAGGAGUGGUUUUCCAGAAACCCAGUAGCUCCAAGGACUUGUACCAUGUGACUGACCAUGAUAAGGAGCUGCUUAAAGUGACCCUCGAUGUGGUUAAAGAGGACUGCCGAAAACCCAGGCAUGCUGAAAAAGGCUGCCACUUUCUUCAUGUCCUGAGUUGUGUUCGGCAGAACUACAACCCCAGCCUGGCUGAAGUGGUGAUGCACCGUGUCUUGGAACUGCUGGAGAGUAACAGUGAUGUUGUCAGCACUAUGGAAGGAUACUAUAUGGCAUUUUGAAGAGGGAAGAUAAGAUAUAUUUGUUCUGGUCCAAUCAGGAUAAAGUAAGGAAUAAGGAAUGGUUGAGACAGAACUCUGACACUGAAAAACUGCUAUUACCAAGUGUGGUCUAGAUGGUGGGGGGGAAGAGCGUUCUGCUUCUCCAAGUGCUAUUUUUGUCCAGCUCCUGAGAAGUUGUCCAAAUAUUUUUUUUAAUAUUCUUGCUGACUUCCUCCUUAUUACUAGUGAAAGUUGAAUCAAACUGAUUCUGGACGUCCUAACACAGCAGGGGAGAUGGAAAAGAAGCUGGACAUUUUCUCUGCAUGUCCUACCCUGAUAAACAGUAAGAUGUGACAUGGCCUUCUCGCAUCUACGUCUGGUGAGCCCUAAAGAGAAGUCACUGCUAAAGAGCACUGUUUACAGUAAUGAUCAUGUCAGGGCUCAUCAUUCUGGCUUAAAGACUGAUGUUGUGAUCUUUCCAUAUGGUAAUAGCUGUUCUUUUUAUGUAUGCUUUCCAAUAGCUAGAGAAAGCACAUGAAAGAAAACAAUCAAAAGGUUUGCCUGUCCUUCCUGUUGGUGUCCCCAUGUAUGUAUAUGUAUAUUCCUGAACGUGCAUGGAUAUGCUACUCCUAAAGCAUAUUCAGGAAUAAAGGAAUAAAGACCAGGAAUAAAGACCAGCAUCCCUUUCCCAUCCUGCAGCCUUCUCCACUGCUUGUAAAGCUUGUCUGGAUUCUACUGCCUACCACAUGCACUACUGACACAUGUUAUUGUGGAUUCUAUUUAGACAAGAAGUCUCAAAAUCAGCCACUGUUUUGCUGUUUAUUUUUAAAUUGCUUUCUACAUCACAAAUGGUAAACCAUAAAUCAGGUGCUUUGGAAAAGAAAAUAUGAAAACCAGCAAGACUUGCUGUGACCUUCUUGCUUCCUGUUGCCUUUUGCAUCUUCUUCCUUGUCACCUUCAGGAAAAACACUAUACAUAUCCAUGCUUGCAGUAGAACACAAGAUAUUAAUGAAAUAAGAUCAGCCUGGAGAAGGUUACCAUGCAAGGCAUUUGACCUGGAAUAAUCAAAACUCUGGUAUGUGCCACAGGUUUCAAAGCCUAGAGCUGUUCAGUAUCUGCUUGGAGGGUUUACUGCAGCAGGGGCUUGUCUAAGUACUCUAAUUAAUGGUAUGGAGGUGAUACCUUCAAUUUGAAAAGCAUAAAAAGGAAAACUGUAUCCUUGCUCGCUGCUCUGCACCUUCCCUGUAACAGUUGAACUAGCAGGCUCCCAGGAGGCAGAUGUAGAGGUAAAGCCCUAUAAGGAUUGACAUAGCAGGGAAAAAUAAACCAUAUGCAUGAGGAAAGCCA